GAAAAAGUUGGAGUGGAGUAUCAAAAUGUUGCCUCAACAGUAUUGUCUACGAUGGAAAUACCAUCACAGCAAUUUACAAACAAUGUUCUCACAUUUGUUAGAUCGUGGAUGCUUCUGUGAUGUGACACUAGCAUGUGAGGGACAAUUGAUUCGGGCACAUCGUGUUGUUUUAUGUGCGUGUAGUACAUUUUUCGAUCAAGUAUUAACAAAUUAUGCCAGCGAAAGAGAUCCAAUAAUAAUAAUAAAGGAUGUUACAUUUGCCGAUGUUAAAUGUUUAAUUGAAUUCAUGUAUAAAGGAGAAAUUAAUGUUGAACAUGCAAGUUUGGCAUCGCUUUUGAAAACAGCCGAUGACCUUAAGAUAAAAGGUUUAGCCGAAGUUUCCUGGAGGGAUGAAGAGACUGACCCAGUUAUGAUGGACCAUCAUCCACGUAUGCAAGAAAACAUUCCACACAAUGACCAAAGGUCACCGCCACGAAAUAAUUAUCAUGAUAGUAGGCCGCCUUCGUCACCCUUGCCACCAUCAUCGGGCAGUAAUAAUAGGUUAGCACCGCGUAUGCCAAUGUUAACACCAAUGCCCUCGUCUAGUGGUGGCGAAUAUAUUGGACCAAAAAGGAAAAGAGGUCGUCCGCCAUUAGAUGAUUCAUAUGAUGUUUUUAGCACCCCCAAAAUGUCACAUGUUGCACCUAAUUGUGAAUUAAUGUACCCGGAGGUGCGAACCCGUCUUGAUUCACCACCCCCACAAGUAGAAGAACGACAACGUUCAGCCCCCCGCGAUACUGAAGAACCAAUCCAUGUUAGCCCUGAACCAACUGAAUGGCAACACCGGCAUGUUGAAUCAGAGGAUACCGAACCCCAACACAGUACGGAAAAAUCCGUUUCACAAGAAUCGGUAACCGGUCCUGGGCCGGAAUAUUAUCAAAAUAACGAGUCACAUCCAGAUCAAGAAAAUGAACCCGAACAAGAAAUCACAGUUGAAGAUGAAAGAAAGUAUUCAAUUGAUCAGGAUUUGAAUGAGCUCGGUGGAGAGGAUCAAGACACUGAUGAGCAGAGUAAUAGUAAAAAUGAUGAGUCUGAAACACAAUUAACAUCUGAAGAAUUGGCUCAAUGGGAUGAUGUGGUUAAAAUGGAUGCAUAUUUGUCGACAGGGAGAAGACCACAGUUCUGGGAGGAACCAUUUACGAAAAGGGUCUUGGAUGCAAUAAAAAAUAAAAAAUUGGAAAUGAAAAAAGCUGCAAAAUUAUUGGGAGUAUCAUAUGGAACAUUGUAUGGGCGGUAUCGUGAAGUAUAUGGCUGUUUGAAACAUCCAUACAGGCCUAGCACAACAAUGAUGAAUCGGUAUGAUCUUGUUUGGCCACAUAAGCGCUCUGAUCUAAAAAUGCGUGAUCUGAAAGACGUUUGGUUGAGGUGAAAUUUAUCAACUAAUACCAACAAUUGAAAGAUUUAUCCACAUUCCACACCGUAUUAAAUAAAUAUCUAAAAAAAUAAAUGUUUUGAUAAUUAUAAUUAUUUAUAUUUAAUUAUGGUGUAUUUGUGUUAUAGGUAAUAAGUUGAAUAAUGUUUUUGUUUUUU